AUGGCUGAGGACUCGGAGCCAGACUUUUACCUGCGGUGGAAGCACUGUGAAGCCCCGGGAGUGAGGACCCUGUGCAACCUCACGAAGCUCCUGAACAGACUCGAGAAGAGCCACCGGGAUGACAUCCUGCUCUACACCUCCGGACACCUGAACCCCAACAAGCUGUACAGGCCCCCCGAGGCCAUCCUCCGCCACUGGCGCAACGCCCACAGCCCGGAGGGCCGGCGGGCCCGCAGGGCGGAAAGGCCGUCCGACGAGACGGUGGCCAAGAUGAAGGGCGCUUGGGCCUAUUUUACCAUCAACACGGCUCUGGGUCCGAGCGAUGGCCCCGGCACACCCCUCUUCAGGUACCUGAACCCCCCGGCCGGCGUUUUGCACGCUUCCCAAGAGGACGUCCUUCCAAAGCUGACACUGGCGGAGGAGGGCGUCACACCGCGAAGGAGAGAAGAGCUGCGGUGGCCGGAGAUGAAAAUCCUGAAGCCCCAGGCGGUGCGGUCCAGCCGUGAGUGUGUGAUGUCUCCCCGGGGCAAGGACAAGUACUGGUACCUCAGCUCCUACUUGGCCGGCCUGACCAAAGCAGACAAGUACAGGAAGUUCUUGCAUUUCCAAAGGAAAGUGCUUGCCACGCAAGAUUGCCUGGUGACCGAUUUCACUGGGCACAGGGCAGCGACGUGCCAUGAGAGGAAGUUGGAACAGGAGCUGCAGAGAGUGUGCCCCUGCCACCCUGACAACAAACUCCAGGUCCUCAGCGGAGUCUUUGAAGACAUCUGCAAGAGUUCUUUGAUAUUUGGGGACCUCUUGAAGGAGAUUAAGGGCGAGUACGAGCUCUACAUGGCUAUACUCCUGAGCACUCGGCCCGCGGAGCGGCACCAGGCGCUGCUGGCUCAGGCCAAGGGGCUGGAGAGGAGGCCGGUGAAGACCUCGGACGUCCAGCAGGCCCAGGAGCAGCUGAGGGCGCUCGUGACAGCCACCAAGGCGGCCCUGGAGCACAAUGACAAACUCCGGAGCGAGCUGGAGGCGGAGCGCGGGCUGCUGCCCCCCACCACGGAGAGCGCGGAAUCGCAUGAGAAAAAUGUGGGGAAGGAGGAGCCCCUUACUCUGAUUGACAAAGUCGAAAGGAAGAGGUGUGAAAUACUGCAGAAACUGGAUGAAAUUCAAGCUCUUGAAACAGAAAUUAAAACCACUUUGGUUCACACUGGAAUCUUACAUAUCACCGAGAACAGGAUUAAAAGCAUAGAGACCGACGCUAUAAAAAUGGAAAAAACAAACAAUAUUUUAAUGAGGAAAAUAAAUGUUGUCGAGUGCCAGGUGAGGCAGUGCCUGGGGAAGAACGUCCGUGGGGAGGAGCAGGGGACCAUUUGGGAAUUUAUUGAAGAAUAUGUGAAACUAAAGGAAACAGAUGACAACUCAAGUGGCUGGAAAAACGACCUGUGACCAUUCAGAAGUCCCAUGUGUGUGGCGCGGACGGUUCGGAUACAUAAAUUCACGGAGAUAUACCUCGUGUUGUCGCUCUUGA